UCGGACACAACAGUUACUACAGCAUUGUCUUUUGGAUAGUUGCGAUUGCGUCCCAUUGAAGAUUAUCAAAUAUGGCGAUGGACAUUAAAAGGCUAAAACCACAAGUUCUUUUAAUAGUCGUUGUUUUUACCCAGUUAGUUUAUUCGCAGAACGUUGUUACAAACGACCCCAGCACCAUCUCCAAUCUGUACAUCAACGUGAACGCGCGGUACAAUCACUUGGAGCUAACGUGGCGCAACUUCAACGAUCCCAACGGGUACAUCGUGCUGGCGGAGGACUACCCAAUCAGCGCAUUCCAGCGCCGGGUGCUGAAUCUUCCCUGGGUGCCGAUAACCUUCUGGGAGUAUAGUUUUGGACGGGAUAAGAAGAGGGGUAUUUACUCGGUUAAGCCUACGGAGUCCAGCGGGUGGAUCGAGACUUAUGUUACCUUCAACCGAAACGUAUUGGACAAGGUUGACUUCAAUACCAGCUGUUACGGAUACUAUGGGUACUUCGUGGAUUACAACGGCUCAGUCAAGUCUGUAUAUUGCAUGAAGUUGCACCCAACGUGGAUGUCCGACCAGCGAGCCAAACUGGGCAGAUUUCGACUGCGAGAGCUGUUUAUUCCGGGGACCCAUGACUCAUCUUCGUAUAGGGAAGCCUUACCUCCGUUACUUUGGGACACACCAGUUAAUAAGUACAGCAUAACUCAGGACGACAGCAUUCGAGAUCAGCUCCUGCAAGGAGCUCGGUACAUCGACCUACGACCUGCGUUCUACCCACUGUUGAAGCCUCCAUUCUACGCGAAUCAUGGAGUCGUUAGCUUCCACCCUCUGCAGGUCAUUCUGAGACAGGUUCAGGACUACGCACUGAAGACAAAUGAGAUUAUCAUUCUGGACGCCCAUGAGUUUCCGGUGGGCUUCCGGAAUAACAACGUUCACGACAAGUUGGUGCAAUAUCUGAAGAAUUCCCUAAGUGACGUACUUGCCGAUCCCGCCAUAGGUUGGAACUCGAAACUGGAGGACAUCUGGACUCGAAAUCGAACUGUAGUCCUAACCUACAACGACAAUUACGUUGCGUCCAAGUACGCGGACAUAGUGUGGAGUCCGGUACGGCAAAGGUGGGGAAACGUACAGAACGUGACAAAGUUGAAGGACUACUUGUACGGGGUUCAUCAGGAGGGGGCUUCCUCGAUGGUGGUAGCCGAUAUGGCCGAGUUGACCGCGACUACGCUGGGAGCUGUGACCGGAGUCAGUCCGGGGUUGCGGGAAAUGGCCGAUUCGGUCAACCGUCACGUGACUCGGUGGUACUUUGAGGAUCUCGGACCGACGACGAACGUGGUUGCGGUCGAUUUUCUUCGAGGGACUAGUAUUGUGGAUGCGGCACUGUACUGGAACCUCAAAAAGGUGACUUGA